CACCUUCAUUGGGAGGCUUGGCUUGGGAAUGGUCCCUGCCAAACAGCAUGGGAUGGACGUAAUUUGCGUGUUCUUCAUUUCACUUCGAAUUCAAAUCUCGCGCCACAAUGUAACCUCGCGCAGCUGGCUCUCGUCAAACAAACAUGGCCGCGGCCGCUGUCAGUGUCGGUCUAACCUUAGAAAUGGUUAGCGAUUCUCUACCUCUAGCUUUGUUUUGUGAUGUGAUCGUAGCGGGUAGAGUAUGCAAAUGUCUGAGACUUGUCGAUGGUCUUUGGCUCGUGCAUCUGCCUUGUAGUCUUUACUUGGUGUGGUGUUUCAGAGGAGUGUUGAAUCGAGGCUGUUCAAUGAUCAGGUCCACCCCUAUUAGCAGAGUCCAAUGUAAGACGUUUUCUGUCUCUGGAAUAAGAUGCAAAGACAAUGAAGACAUGAAUUCCCUCAAAACAAAUCCUUAUUUUGACAAAUACUCCCAAAAAAUUUCUCAGCUUGAGAAAUCAACGCCAGAAGAAUUAUCUCAACGCAUAACUGCUAUUCGAAGGAAGGCGAAGUCGUUCAAUUCACGCCAAGGGGAGUCCCAGGCCACAUCGUCAAAUGAAACAUCGCCAUUCUCCAAAAAGAAGAGCUUGGAUGAUAUUGUCAAGUUGGACCUUUUAAAGAAGAAGUCUCCCCAAGAAAUCACAGAUAUUUGGUUGCAGCACUUUGCAUCUGCAAAAGAUUCUAUUUCUGUAGUCAUAUCAGCCAAAGUGUAUAGUUUGAUUCUUGACACCAAAUCUAACCAUCCAACAUUUCUCUUGCCUUUACCAAGACAGCAUGGUUACGAAUAUUUUGUUAGUCAAUCUUGUGGUAAUGAAUUUCAUUUUACUCCACUCAUUAAUUACCAAACUUUCAAGGAGAAUGCUCCAGAAUGUCUUGCAUUGACUCAUUUCACUGAACUAGCCAAUGACAAAGACAUAGUGUUGAUGCAGGGUGAAUUCAAUGAUGAUGUGUUAAAUAUUUCAGAAGCUAUGUGUUUGACAAACCAAAUACAUAGAUAUUAUGGUGAAAACGACAUCAAGCGUCAAAAUUUACUUGCGAGAUUUUCUAAUUCGCCUGAAGAGUUUAGACAUAUGGACCUAAUUGUAGAACUUGAGAGAUUGGCAAGUUAGGUUUAUGAGUUCAUGAUCAAAUCAUCAAAUAAGGUAACAGUUUGAAUUCUUCUGUUGCUUUAUUCAAAUUUUUUCUUGUGAUAUAUGUUAAUUAACAAUAUCAAACUGAAUAUAGGGGUACAGAAGAAAACCAGAUGAAUAAAAGUUCCAGUUUCAAAUUA